CAUUAGAAUUAAGCACAAUAACAGAACUGAAAGAAAAGGACGAUUUAUUUCAUAUUCAAGAUCUUUGAAUUAAUUAAGCGUACCAGUAACGAACAGCUUUGCACUUGGCACAACGCGUGGUGGUGGGACAAAAGCAAACAGCACAUUGGUAUUGCGGUUUCAACGGAGAGCCCAAUGGAAUCGACACGUAAGUCGGAACCGAAGCGGGAGUCAAAACCGAAACCCUAGCCGAGGGCGUAGCGUUCGCAGUGUAAUAGUACGAUUCUCGGGCUUCAAACUCAGCCCUAGCUAACUCCUCUGAAGCCGAUACCACAAGCCUCUUAAUCUCCUCACUUCUCGCUACCGAAUGCCGUAAUUUUCGACGGAUAAUGAGCACGAUCACUGGCACAACCACAACCACAACCAGGAACACCAGGGAGGGAAACCCUAGAUCCCGUCUAACAAGCAUCUAUACAAAAUGAUGAUGCAUCCAGAAAAAUAACAAUAAAAUCCUAAUUCCACAACAAUCAUAGAGAGAUUCCUCAAUUACAAGACAACUUCUCAGACAGUAAUUAUCAAAUGAUGCCUUCAGAAAGAUCGAAGUCACUACUUUUUCCACAAAAUUGAUGCUUACAAUGACGAUUUCGGUACAUAUAAGAAAAUCUUGAGGCGUGAUGAGUUUCCUAGUGAGUUCUUGGUGGAAUCUGUAGAGAUUUGCAGAUCGAGAUUUUAGGGCUUGAGAAUAUUAGUACGUUAAAAUACGUAAGAAACGAAUUUUUUUAGCAUCGAGAGACGUGAAUUAUCAGCUCAUCUUAUAUUCCCGACCCGAACUCGCUAGGGAUCCGAUAUUCAAAUGUAAAAGAUAUUCUCGGGAGAUUCAAUUUCAUCAACAAUUGAAUACAGGUUAUUUAUUUGUUUGAAUGAGUGAAAGCUAAUCUCAAUCAAAUGAUAUUGAGAACCAUAUGAUGCCUAAUCCCUUAUUCAAUACAUCUGAUUCGAAGAGCAAUAUGGUUGAGUCAAAAACAAACAACUUUGCAGCUACAACCAGCAAAAACAAUAAUGCUAAUUUGAAACACAAUAACUCUGUCAUCACCGAUAACAACAUUGAAACAAAUAACAACUCAGUUGUCAGUAGCAACAACAUCGAUGUGAAUACCAACUCAGAUUCAAAAACAAGCGUUGACGCUCUCGCUCAGGGAUAUGGUGGUGGUGGUACAUUAUCUCCACAUGAGGAUGCACAAAUGUCUGAGAGCAAACAUUCUCUUAAUGGAAACAAGGUAUACAAAAGUGGUCCAUUAUUUUUGUCAUCCAAAGGGAUUGGAUGGACCUCUUGGAAGAAAAGGUGGUUUGUUUUGACACAAACCUCGUUAGUUUUCUUUCGAAGUGAUCCAAAUGUUGCAUCUCAAAGAGGAUAUGAGGUUAAUCUAACCCUUGGUGGCAUAGACAUCAACAGUUCGGGAAGUGUUGUUGUUAAAGUAGAUAAGAAACUCUUGACGGUUUCAUUCCCAGAUGGUCGUGAUGGGAGAGCUUUUACUCUUAAGGCUGAAACUGUAGAUGAUUUAAAUGAAUGGAAGGAUGCAUUGGAGGAGGCUUUGGCAAAUGCACCAAGUGCUAGCCCAAAAGUGGGGCACAAUGGAACAUUGAAAAAUGAGAACAUUGAUACUACCUACGGGUCUUCGGAACAAUCAAACGACCAACCGCUAACAACAUCAUUGGUCCUUGGUCGUCCAAUCUUACUUGCAUUGGAAGAUAUAGAUGGAACCCCAUCUUUCUUGGAGAAAGCCCUUAGAUAUGUUGAAGAUCAUGGAUUAAAAGUAGAAGGCAUAUUGAGGCAAGCUGCGGAUGUAGAAGAUGUAGAGCGUCGCAUCCAAGAAUACGAACAUGGGAAGGUGGAGUUUACUGCAGAUGAGGAUGCACAUGUUAUAGGUGAUUGUAUAAAGUAUGUUCUUCGGGAGUUGCCAUCAUCCCCGGUUCCAGCAUCCUGUUGUAAUGCUUUGCUAGAUGCGUAUCGGACCGAUCGAGCCACGAGAGUUAAUGCCAUACGUACAACUAUAUGCGACACAUUCCCCGAACCAAAUCGACGUUUAUUACAAAGAAUUCUAAUAAUGAUGGAAACGGUCGCUGACAACAAGACAGUGAACAGAAUGAGUGUUUCAGCAGUUGCAGCUUGCAUGGCACCACUACUUCUUCGUCCCCUUUUGGCUGGUGAAUGUAACCUUGAUGGUCAAUUUAGUAUGGGUGGUGGUGAUGGAUCUGCUCAACUUCUUCAAGCAGCUGCAGCUGCUAACCAUGCUCAAGCAAUUAUCAUCACCCUUCUAGAAGAAUACGAUAACAUAUUUGGGGAAGGAGACAUGUUAAGUGAUCUAUACUCUGAUUCGGAAGAGCUUGGAAGUGAGAGUGAAGAGCUUAGUGAAGAUGAAAUCUAUGAAGAUGAUGAUGAAGAUGAUGGUGAAUAUUCGUCUGGGAGUUCUAAUACAGAUAAAGAUUUUAUACAUGCAUCAACAUCGAGGCAGAGUGGUGAUGAUAGAGAUAAUCAUCAAAGUCAUAACAAGGGACUUGGUCAUGUUUCACGUUCCAUCUCCCACAAAGUAACUAAUGAUCUUGAUACCGAAAAAAAGCUAACAUCAAGUAUUGAACAGUCAACAACAAAAUCAGUUGAACAUUCUGAAAAUGAUAAUGUGCAUGCAAGUACAGAUACAAAUUCAAGUGAUAAUAUUCAUCGAUCUUCAACCACUACAGAUAGACCUCCAAACACGCAACGCAUGACUUCUCGUCGAACAAGUGUAAAUAAAAAGGCAUCGAAUGCCAAUAAAGAUGCUCAAGUUGAAAGGCUUGAGGUCACUAAAGGAGAACUUAAAGUAAAAGUUGAAGCAGAGGCAAAAGGAAACUCAGUUUUAAAAGAGGAUUUGUUAAACAAAAAGAGAGCUUUUGAGGUGCAUCGUCUGCAACUCGAGCAAGAUGUGGCAAGAUUAGAAGAACAACUACGAAAGGAGCUAGAGUUGAGGAAAAAACUUGAGACUAGAAUUAAGAUAUCUCAACAAGCCUUAUUUUCACAUGAAAAGACAGAAAGUGAUGUCACAAGCUUACAUAAAAAAGUUAGCAAUACCGAAGACCAGUACUCAAAACCAGAAAAACUACAAGACUCUCAUGAAGCAACAACUACUUCUCAUGAGAGUAAGGAUAACAAGCAUCAAUUUCAGUCUUAUUCUGCAAAAUUACCUCCACAUAAGCAACUUGAUCCAACAAACAGUUGCAAGCAACAUACAUACUUUAGCAAAGAUAACAAUGACAAACAACACUUCUACUCCUUUUCUUCAAGAUUACCUCCUAGUCAACACUCUGAUUCAACAAAAGAAAUGAAAAAGUCUUCGACAACCAAACCUAAACGAAUGAACUCAAAGAAUGAGACUACUGGUACAAAUUCAGCAAUGUCAAAGAUUACAAAUGGUAUUAAUUUCUUGAAAGAAAGAAGCAACCAACUAGCAGAUGAGUUGCAAAUCAUGAACAAAGAUAAGAAUAAAAGUCAAUCUCAAAGGCACGCUCGAAAAGACUCACAAGAUGAUUUGGACAUCCAAUCAUCUAUGAGACACAAAGAAAGUCAAUUGCAACACUUGGAUUCACAUAUAGAUGGAGAGAUAAGAACAAAUGAUCAAUCUACAAGUUUAUCAAUGGAUAAACUACAUGAUGAGAGUUCCUAACAGGCCAACUUGAGAUUAUGUGUGGGACUGAUCUUAAUAACUAUUUUUUGCAUGUAUGUUGUAUGAUUCAAAACAAAAAAGUAUUUAUUAUACUUGAUUUAAGUUGUAUAAUGUAAUAUGAAAUAGUGUAUAUCAGUAACAAAUUUAUAAGCCUACGCUAAUGAUACUCUUAGAUGUUUCCAUUUUUACUUAGUCG